UCUGUUUAGUCCACCCAAAGGCAAUAGGCAUUGGUGUCCACACUCCACACACCACACCAGCUACGGUCAGUCCGUCCAUCUUGUCUUUACUCUCUUUCAUAAACUCGGAAGAGAAUGAAUAGCCGUUGUGUCCUAUGCUUGUGUGGAGAAGAAUGGGAUCAUAUUGGAUGGUCAAUUCUUGCUUCACAUAUGGAACUCGAAUUGGGCUAUGCUGUGUCGCAGCAGAUGCCCUGCCCAAUCAUGGAAACCAGCAGAGGAACAGAAAGAAAGUUUUGGUUGUCGGCUCUGAUUGGGCUGGCUUAGGUGCUGCUCAUCACCUCUGCAAACAGGGUUUUAAUGUUACGGUACUCGCAACUGAUAAAAUUUGUGGGUCGACGAGCAAACCCAAUACUUCCGGAGAUGGAGGUAUCAUCCAAGGUUUCUGGUACCCCUACGGCAAUAUAUUUUCACUCGUUGAUGAGAUUGGUAUCAAACCUUUCACUAAUUGGAAAAGUUCUGCACAGUACUCCCGAGAGGGCUUGGAGGUUGAAUAUCCUAUAUUCCAAGAUGUCCCCCAAUUGCCAACUCCUUUGGGGGCCUUAAUUUACACUCAAUUCCUUCGCCUCUCUCUGGUGGAUCGACUGACAUCACUUCCUCUCAUGGCUGCAGUAAUUGACUUUGACAAUACCGACACAGCCUGGAGAAAAUAUGAUUCGAUGACUGCAAGGGAGCUUUUUAAACAGUUUGGGUGUUCACAGAGCCUAUAUCAAGAUGUUUUUAAUCCAAUGGUUCAAGUUGGAUUGUUUGCUCCAGCAGAGCAAUGCAGUGCAGCCGCAACACUGGGAAUGCUGUACUAUUUCAUCCUAGCUCACCAGAAAGAUUUUGAUGUUGUUUGGUGUCGGGGGACUGUUCGAGAAAAAAUUUUCAUGCCAUGGAUGGACUUCAUGAGAGAUAAAGGUUGUGAGUUUCUGGAGGGGGGCGUGGUGACAGAUUUCUCUGUAAAUGAGGAAACUGGAUGCAUUUCAGAAGUAAUUUGUGGAAAAGAGAGUUAUGAGGCUGAUGCAAUAAUAUUGGCUGUUGGAAUAUCCGCACUCCAGGAAAUCGUUAUGAACAGUUCAGCACUACGAACAAGGGAGGAGUUUUUGAAGGCUCUGAACUUGGCUAGCAUUGAUGUCCUCACUGUCAGACUGUGGCUUGAUAGGAAGGUUAACAUUCCCAAGGCAAGCAGUGUUUGCUUUGGUUUUGAUGAUUCAUAUGGGUGGACUUUCUUUGAUUUAAAUGCCAUUUAUGAUGAGUAUAAAGACAAUCCCAGUACAGUCAUUGAAGCUGAUUUUUAUCAUGCCAAUGAAUUGCUGCCACUGAAGGAUGAGCAGAUAGUUGCAAAAGUGAUCUCUAACCUUUCUCUGUGUAUCAAAGACUUCAAGGACGCCAACGUGGUUGAGGGGCAAGUUGAGAGAUUUCCUAAAUCCUUGAGUCAUUUUUUUCCAGGUUCAUACAAAUACACGAUGCGUGGUUCUACUUCUUUCCCCAAUUUAUUCAUGUCUGGGGACUGGAUUAUUACUCGGCAUGGAUCAUGGGCACAGGAGAAAGCUUAUGUCACUGGACUGGAAGCUGCAAACAGGGUGGUGGAUUACCUGGAGGAGGGCAGCUUUGCAAAGAUAGAAGCUGUGGAGGAAGAUGAACCUCAUAUUCAGGCUCUUCGGAACCUCAACAGAUCUAUAAAGGAACUAAGAGCUCAACUUCCCCUGUCAGAUUAUUUCCUGCACUAGCAUACCUAUCAUCAUCUUGAGGACCCUGGAUUUCGUCUCCGGCAUACUUUUAUCAAGUAUAAAUCCCAAGGGAGAAGAAACAUGAGCAAGGGUAGCAUAAGCAUCCAUAUGUAAAUUCUUUGCUUGGUUAAUGGCCUAACAUUGUUUGGGAAUUUAAUCAUCCUGCCAAAAGAAAUGUACAUGAGAUCCAUUUGGUACAAA